GCAACUUUGAACGCCACUUAGACCAGAGGGUUGAUGCUCAUCUUAGCUUAUCGUAUAACUGGAGUCAGAUUAAAGAACACAAUCUGACUUUUGAUAUGGGCAAGUGAUUGACAGGAUCUCUCUUUUACCUAUCAAAAUGGAGAGAAGAAUAAAAAGUAAUUGGCAUAGGCAGUCCAAAUUGGCAGCAGUUUCCCUGGCCCAAGGCUAACCCAUGCUUGAGUUUCAAAUUUGAUGCUAAAUAUCCUCUUAUCUGUUCUCUUUAUGUUGAUGUCAGUAAUUGGAAUGUGUCCUUUGAACGGUAAUCAUAUAAUGCUUCAUAUUUUAUAGCGAUGCAUCUUCUUUCUCUAGUGCCCACAAAUGUUUAAUUUUCAUUUCCAGCUAGGUGUCCAUUAGUUAUUUUUGCUCUUAUAGCAUGCACUGCCAAAAUGAUUUGUCCUUUGAUGCAAGCUCUGGUUUCUUUUCCUGUGACGAAUUAUAGUAAAGAAACUGUAAUUUUAUUCAGAAUGUUUUGACUCCAUUAUCUUCUUUUUGACUUAGAAUACUGCUCAAGACUGAAGAGCAACUUGCUGUCAAGAUUAUUUAAAAUCAUGGAUUGGGAUUAGGAAAUGUGUUGACAUUUCAAACAAACCUUAACUAUUCUUACAGGUAAGUGGACGUGUUGGAUUAGCUGCAAUGUAUGGUUCUGGUUGUUGGGCAUCCUCAAAAGGACCAUUUGGAACUCCUUUUAUUGUUGGUUGUUCCUUGAGUGGUGCUGGAGAGUACCUAAUGAAAGGAUUCACGGCUCGUGAAUGCUGUGUAUCAUCAUCACUGUCUCAGGCUGGUCCAGCCUCAGCUUGUGCAAAAGUUUUGCUCUCUGUUCUUGAAAAUGACCGGCGUAACACUGAGAGAAGUGCUGGAACUAGUGCAAGCUGAAGCUCCUGAAAGGGUGUGGUUCCUGGUAGUUCAACUAAGCUGGAAGCUAUUGAGAUCGCAGCUGCCUAUACUUCCUCGUCUUUCGGAAUUGGUUAUUUUGGAAGUUCUAUGGGGCGGCCUAAGGCGUCUAUUCUUAGAAGUACAAGACUACAAAAACAAACUGGAGCCGAUCAGUUUGCAGCACAAAUUAAUCUCGUGGCUUAGAAUUUGUAGUUGCUUUCGCUGGGAACAGAUCAACGUGGUUUUCGGAAAUGUCACUUUUAGUUUUGGUCGCCGGAUGAAAUUCUUGAAGUCUGCUAUCAUUCUUCUGGCUAUUUACAGGCCACAUGGGACCCGUACUACCAGGGGUACAACUAUCAUUUUAUUAGUAAUUUCCACUUCGUGAGCUGUUGGCUUCUUAACAUAGUAUGAUAGAUUUUGGCCUCAAAAAAUGUGUGGAUGAUGUGGCCACUAGAUUUUGGGUCCUCUCUCGUUUAAAUAAGUCUUUGGUCCUACACACUUGGAGAAACUUCUCUAGGGUGGGGGAGAUGGCUGCAUGUAUUCUGACGAUCAAGUUAGUUAAUGUAUGAGUGAGGAGAUGUGGGAGUACUAGAGACGCCAUCAAGGGGUCGGA